AAUUUCUGUUAAAUUCGCUGUGCUUUGCCACAUCGUAGAACGUGACAAAAUUUUUCAAGCACCAAAACCAAAAAAAAAAAUAAAUAAACAACAACACAAAGUGCAAAUAAAAUUUACAAACAUAUACCAUACCAUUGAGUAUGUAUGUAGUAGUGGUGUGUAAGUUGCAUGAAAUUAAUAGAAAAAGUUUGAGAGCUGAGCGAAGUACCGUUACACAGGGCCAUGCAACGGGCAGAGCAGGAGUGAAGUGAAGUAGUCAAUGUAAUUAAGAGCGGAAGUGAAGAGCACGGAGCAAGGAGUCGCAGGAGCUGUUGUCACAGCAGAAAGUUAAACAAAAAUGUUGCAGCACGCCAAAGUAACAACAACAACAACACCCCAGAAAAAGAAGCUGCAAUUUCAUUUAAAUUAAACGCCAACGACAAAGAGUCCGUUCGUCCGUCCGUUUGUACUUCCGCCCGCGCUUUGAGCUUGCCGCACGUUAUGCAGUUGCUCCAAUUUGUUGCCGCAAGGAUUCAACGUCAAGAGCGUAGCCAUCAAGCCAUUGGCCUGUUGCUCUUGCUGUUGCUUAAUCAAACAGCUUUGGGCCAUGCCGAGGUGUUUACGCUGGGUUAUCUAACGGGCUCGCAGCGACGUCCGGGCAAUCUGGAUUAUCAGCGUCCGGGCAUAACCAUCUCGGGCGCCAUCUCGCUGGCCGUGGAGCAGGUGAACGCCGGACGCUUGGGCGCCUUGGGCCACUCGCUGCAGUUUGUUGUGGCCGAAACCUAUGGCGAUGAGGUGGCCAGCAUUAGGCAGACGGCAGCGCUCUGGACGCAACAGGUGGCCGCCUACAUUGGACCGCAGGAGACUUGCGUGCAUGAAGGACGCAUGGCCGCUGCCUUUAAUCUGCCCAUGAUAUCAUAUUACUGCACGCAUCGUGAGCCGUCGAAUAAAUUGGACUUUCCCACAUUUGCGCGCACGCGUCCGCCGGAUACGCAAAUAUCCAAGUCUGUGGUUGCUUUGCUGCUUGCAUUCAACUGGACGCAGGUGAGUUUUCUCUAUCUGGACGAUGCCAGCAGCCAGUAUCAGCCCGUGGCGGAGACCAUACUCAGCACGCUGGCCACGGCGGGCGUCACAGUGCGGGACAUACGCAGUUGGAACACUAUUUACCAUCAUGGCUACAAGGAUAAUCCCUUUGAUGCUUUGGUCGAGCAAACGUUUGCAAAUACGCGCAUCUACUUGGUGCUUGGCCAUUACUACGAGCAUGUGGGCUUAAUGCUCAGUCUGCAGCAGCGCGGUCUAUUGUCCCAUGGCGAGUACUUUGUGGUGGGCAUUGACAUUGAGCAGUACGAGCCGGCGCAGCCCGAAAAGUAUUUGCGUGGACUGCUCAAGGAGGAAGUGGAGCCGCUGGCAGUGCAGGCAUUUCAAUCCUAUGUGGGCAUACUGCCUACCGCGCCUGUAUCCUUUGCUACAUUCGCACAUGAGGUUAACCGCUAUAUGGAGCGACCGCCAUUCAAUUUUCCCAAUCCGCUGGGUCUUUACGGCGGCACUAAGCAGAUAAGCGCCGAGGCUGCCUAUCUCUAUGAUGCGAUACAUGUUUAUGCCAAUGCGCUGCUCAGCGUGCUGGAGCGUGGUGAGCGCGCCAAGAAUGGCAGCGCCAUUGUGGCUGCCAUUAAGGGCUCGCGCUAUCUCUCAGCCAUGGGCUACCAUGUGUACAUUGAUGAGAAUGGCGAUGCGGCUGGCAACUACACAGUCCUGGCUCGUGGCAUUGUGCGCAACAAUCGCAAUCAAACAGUUGUGGGUCUCAUUCCAACGGGCACAUUUAGCCACAAGCUUAACAAUCGCAGCAGCAGCGAUGCGUUGCCUGAUCUGCAUUUGUAUCGCGAUAUUGACUGGGUGGGCGGUCAGCGUCCUGCUGCUGCGCCUCGUUGCGGCUUUAGCGGCGAAAAGUGCGUCAACUACACGGGUGAAAUCUCUGCGGGCAUUGCUGGUGGCGCUUUGCUGCUGCUCGGCUUGGUCUCCUUGGUUUUCUAUCGCAACUGGCGCUACGAGCAGGAGCUGGACAGCCUGCUCUGGAAGAUUGAUUUCCGCGAGGUGCAGAUGCAUGAGAAUGAGCGCGAGCAGCAGAGUCAGAAGCAAACGCGCUCCACCCAUCCGCUAAUACGCACCAGCCAAGUUAGCCUCAGCUCAAAUCCGGAUGCGGACUUUCGCUAUACGACCAUAUUUACGCCCAUCGGACUGUACAAGGGACAACUGUACGCCAUCAAGAAGGUGCGCAAGAAGAGCGUCGACAUUACACGCGAAAUGAAGAAGGAACUCAAGCUGCUGCGAGAUGCGCGCCAUGAUAACGUCUGUGCCUUCAUUGGCGCCUGCACGGAUCCGCCCAACAUCUGCAUCAUCAGCGAGUACUGCACACGCGGCAGUCUUAAGGACAUACUGGAGAACGAGGACGUCAAGCUGGACAACAUGUUCAUUGCCUCCAUGGUGGCGGACAUUAUACGCGGCGUCAUCUACUUGCACGAGUCGCCCAUUCGCUUUCAUGGCUCGCUGUGCACAUCCAACUGCUUGGUGGACUCACGCUGGGUGGUCAAGCUAACGGACUUUGGGCUGUUCGCCUUUAAGCAGGGCAUCGAGGAUAACUCCACGGAUAUGCAGCAUAUGUCGGCCAAGUGCUUGAAGCUUUUGUAUCGCGCGCCUGAGCUGCUGCGUCAGGGUCCCUCCUCGCUGGUGAUGGGCACACAGCGUGGCGAUGCCUACUCCUUUGGCAUACUGCUGUACGAGAUGCAUGUGCGGCGUGGUCCGUUUGGCGAGACUGGACUGACGCCCAUGCAGUGUCUGCAGCGCGUGAUGCAGCCGCAGGAUCUGCAGCAUCCCUACAGACCGUCGCUGCAGCCGCUGCAGACCGCGUUCGACUGCGUCAGCGAGUGUCUGCGCGAGUGCUGGUCGGAGCGUGCGGAGGACCGUCCAGAGUUCAAGAGCAUACGCGCCAAGCUGCGACCGCUGCGCAAGGGCAUGCGCCCGAAUAUAUUUGACAACAUGAUGGCCAUGAUGGAGAAGUAUGCAAACAAUUUGGAGGCGCUGGUGGAUGAUCGCACCGAUCAGCUGCAGGAGGAGAAGAAGAAGACUGAUGCGCUGCUGCACGAGAUGCUGCCGCGUUGCGUGGCCGAUCAGCUGAAGAAAGGACACAAAGUGGAUCCGGAGCACUAUGAAGCGGUCAGCAUAUACUUUAGCGAUAUUGUUGGCUUCACAGCGAUGAGCGCGGAGAGCACGCCACUGCAGGUGGUGGACUUUCUGAAUGAUCUCUAUACCUGCUUUGACUCCAUCAUUGGCCACUACGAUGUUUACAAGGUGGAGACCAUAGGCGAUGCCUACAUGGUUGUCUCUGGCCUGCCACUGCGCAAUGGCGAUCUGCAUGCCGCUGAGAUUGCCACAAUGUCGCUGCAUCUGCUCAGCGCCGUCUCCGAGUUUAAGAUCAGACAUCGUCCCACCAAUCGCCUGCUGCUGCGCAUUGGCAUACACUCGGGUCCGGUGUGUGCGGGCGUUGUUGGUCUCAAGAUGCCACGCUACUGUCUGUUUGGCGACACUGUCAACACCGCCUCGCGCAUGGAGUCCAGCGGCGUGCCGCUUAAGAUUCACUGCAGCUGGCAAUGCCGUCAGCUGCUGGAGCGUCUCGGCGGCUAUCAUUGCCAGGAGCGCGGCGUUAUCUCCAUGAAGGGCAAGGGCGAGCAGCGCACCUACUGGCUCAUGGGCGAGGAUGAGGAAGCGCGUGUGCGUCGCACCUACGAGCGCUCGCAGCGUCGCGGCUCGCGUGCUCUCAACAAGUUUAUCCAAGGGACCAUUAAGCAAGCCCAGGAGCUGGCCAACGACUGCGGCAUACGCUCCUCACUGAAGCAAAAGCAUUUGCCACGCAACUCGCUUACACGCUCCUCCAGCCUGGAAUCGCCCAAGAAGCUGCGCUUUGCCGCCGGCAGUCUGCUCGAGCAUCAUCGCUAUCAUAGUGACGAAGCUUUGCUGGAAGUGGAUUCCUAUACCGGACUGCGACGCUCCUCUGGCGGCUCCACACACUCACGCUAUGAGGAGUCAACUCUAACCAGCCAAAGCAUUGAGCAAAUUACUAUGCUGCAAAAUAAACGACGUCCCUCCUCAUAUCCAACUGCCAAUACGCCGCUGCUGUUGAACCAUGUUGAGGUCUAGGCAGUCAGUCAACUUGAAUUAUAUCCAAUUACAGGAAUCUUAGUAGAAUGUCUUGUCGGCUAUAGUAUUAUAGUUAUAUAUAUUGUGGUGUGUUCAGCUCUUGUCCGUCUAUAUUGCUUUAAGUGUUGUUCGAUAAGUUGCACAGUCUACAAAGCUCUGCCUUAAGUUAAUGUCAAAUCUUAUAAACGUGCAAUUAAUUUAAACAAAUUCAUAGUAAAAUAAUAUUAAGCACUGCUGCUGUAAAUGUUUAGUCAGAUUUAAUGGCAUUGUGUGUGCGCUCGAGUGGAAAUUUUAUUAUCAGCAUAUUGUGAGAGUGAUUAUAAAUCUAGUCGUUGUAUAAAAAACUCUACUUAAUACGCUAGCCUAGCAUUUAAUCAAUAAAGUAC